GCCUCAACCGAGGGCGGGGAAGGACGGCAGGAAGGCGGGGCCGUAGAGCCGGCAUGGCGGUGCCCGUGCUGUCCAGCUCGGCCGUGAAAUUCCGUCAGGUCCUGGCUCAUUUCCCUCAGGAGCUCAGCCUGGCGUUCGCUUAUGGCUCCGGUGUCUUCCAGCAGGACGGGGCCUCGGCCGGGCACAGCGAGAACAACAUGCUGGACUUCGUUUUUGCAGUUGAUGAUUCUGUGACCUGGCACAUGAUGAACUUGUUAAAGAAUAAGAAUCAUUAUUCUUUCCUCAAAGUGUUUGGGCCAAAACAGAUAAGUAACAUACAGAGCUACGGAGCAGGGAUUUACUACAAUACUUUAGUGCCGUGCAAUGGCAGGAUGAUAAAGUAUGGUGUGAUUAGCACUGAUGCCCUGAUUGAUGACUUACUUCACUGGAAGACCCUCUAUGUUGCUGGACGCCUGCACAAACCGGUGAAAAUCCUGACACAGAAUGAGAAUGGCAAGCUACAAGCUGCCCUUGUUAGCAAUCUGAAGAGUGCAGUCACAGCAGCCUUUCUCAUGUUACCAGAAAGUUUCUCUGAAGAAGACCUCUAUAUGCAGAUUGCAGGACUCUCCUAUUCUGGUGACUUCAGAAUGAUAAUAGGAGAAGACAGAUCGAAGGUGCAGAAUAUAGUGAAACCUAAUGUACCCUAUUUUCAGAAGCUGUACAGUAACAUAUUACAGGACUGCCCUCAAGUGGUAUAUAAGCACCAUCUGGGAAGGCUGGAGAUCGAUAAAAGUCCAGAAGGUCAAUUCACACAACUGAUGGCUUUGCCAAGGAGUCUGCAGCAAAAGAUAACUUCUCUGGUAGACCCUCCUGGAAAAAACAGAGAUGUGGAAGAAAUUUUACUACAAGUUGCCCAUGACCCUGAUUGUGGAUUCGUGGUGCAUCAAGGCAUCUCAGGCAUUGUGAGAUCUUCCAGUAUAGCACAGAGUGCUAAAACCAUACUAACAGCUGGGGCAAAGAAAUCUGUAACUUACAGUAUGAAGAAAUUGUAUAAGAUGACGAAAGGAUGGUUAAAGACGACAUCUUGAGUCUUGACAUGGGUAAACAAGUGGUACCUUUUCUCCAGAUGUUUUGCAGGUGUUUCUGGGCCUACUUGCAAAGAUGAAAGUCUACAUAAGAAGCCAGUUUGAAUACCUUUCCUGUCCAUUUUUACUACUGCAGUGGAACUUUUUAUUAGAGGGGAAGAUUUGAUGGCAGUAGGGCAGAGGAUUUACUGUGUAAAUACUGAAAUAAAUUUUACUGCCUAUAUGCAUUGGGUUUUCAAAGAAUUUUCAGAAACCUUGAGUGAAGGUGGUGAAUUGUACAUAGAAUAAAAACCAAAGCCAUUUAUUUUGUAUGUUUUGAUAGUUCUAUUUUUGAAAAUGUCACCAAGGGUCUUGAUUUUAGUUCUUUCAGAGACAACUGAAGAGCCCGUAAAGCCAUACUAGGUAGGUAUAUCUGUGUUGUUCAGGUGACAACUGCCAAACUCAUAGCUAAGCAUUGUUAGAGGUGUCAUGGUUGUAAGGAAGGCCAUAGUUUUGUUGACUUUCAGCAUUUACUUGUACAUUUAUGGAAUGUUUUUAGCAAGAGAUUUUAUCAAAAUGCUUGAAAGUCAUGAAUUUUACGGGGAAAAAAAGUACCUAUUGUAUAAUUUAUUGGCUUUUUUUUUGGUUCUUGAAAGUCAUGGCCGUGAAGAUAAAAACUUGUUCACAUUUGCUUAAUUAAAUGAGCUGUGUUGAAGAAGUUGGACCAUCACAUGAAUUCUUAUGUCACAUUAAAGAAUUGAAGUUUAUGGCAGUGUUCACAUGUGACGUGAUAAAUCUGAAGCAUCUGUUGUAAAUGGAAUCUCUUUGGCACUGAUUUAGGUGGGUUUGCAAACUUCGGGUGUUAUAUAAGAAUAACUUCAACAUUUUCAUUCUGAUUGUGAAAAUGGCUUUUUUAUUUUUUAAGUAAAAAGUGUAAAUAUCUUACCUUCUUA